AUGGAGGGCGAGGAUCAGCAGGUGAAGAAGGGUGGAUCGGCACUUGGAGUUGGGCUGGAGAACACAACGAGGUGGAAUCCGACGAAGGAGCAGAUAACUAUCCUGGAAGAUCUGUAUGAGAAAGGGAUGAGGACUCCGAGCGCCGAGUUCAUACAGGCGGUAACGGCGAGGCUGAAGACUUACGGUCACAUUGAGGGUAAGAAUGUGUUUUAUUGGUUUCAGAAUCACAAGGCGAGGCAGAGACAGAAGGAGAAGCAGGAAGCUAGCUUAGCUUAUUUCAACCGCUUUCUUCAUACGGCGGCGGUCUCUCAGUAUCCAUUGUUUCCUCCUCCACCCCAAUAUCCUUGCUCAAAUGUGAUAUGCAGCCCUUAUUAUAUGCCGCCAGUUCCAAGUGAAGUAGGGUUAUGUCCACAAUCUCAUCCCAUGGUGCCUCCACAAUCUGUUGGGGUCAAGAGGAGACCAAGAAUGGAGAAACUGGAUGUGCCAACAAGAACUUGCAGCAACGGUGGUGGAGGGUUUGAGCCAAUGCGCCAUGGAUAUGGCAGAGGGGGCCGCUGCAGUGUUGAUCUCAAUGAUGGGACUAACAGAUUCAUGAGCAACUCAGAUGAUCCAGAAACACUGCCAUUGUUUCCUUUGACACCCACAGGCCUCCUACAGGGCAGAGAUGAAAGCCUUCUUUCUAGUUUAGCUGGUAACUGUGCUCAGAACUCGACCGCUCUCGUUAGCUCUUCUGGGAUUGUCGAGGGUCAUGGUGAGCGGCCAAGUUUCUACGAUUUUUUCAGUGGAGGACAAGGCAGAUGUGAAUGA